AUGGUGACUAACCUUCGCAUUGACUACUUUGCUCGUGGAGAGGAGGUGCCGCUCUUCCCAAAGAUACUACGCAACAGCCUGAUGAUUCACAGCUUCCCCAAUCCAUUACUAACGACUCUGUUUCUUUCAGCAACUAUUCUUCUUUUUGUCUGGACUCUUCUGCGAGCUUGUAUCAUCCCUCGCAAGCCUGCCCUUGGCCCACAUAAUUUUAUGCGCCUCACGGGUGCAUUCAUCUUCAUUGUUGGACUCGCCAAGCAAGCCUCCCUUUUCAUUGCAGACAGGCCAUAUAGUGUCAACGAGGCGCUGCUCAACAUGCUAAUCGGCUUUGCCGGGGCCACGCUCACUCUCCUCUAA